CCCGGCGACAUGGAUCGUCACUUUUCUGGCACCCACCAGAGUACUCAUCUGGGGGAAGGCGUGGAGCACGAGAUGGAGUUUGAGUUGGCCUAUUAUGACACUCAACACCAUAUUCCUCAAGAUUCACAGCCGUAUGUUCCCCAGAGUGCUUACGGUGAGCUUCACUGCAAGCACAAUAUGCCGGACCAGAUUGGAAUUGUGAAUUCGGGGCUCCCGCUGCACGCUUCUGACUUCACUCCCACAUCCAAUGUCGACUAUUACCCCACCCGCACCCAUCAACGCAAUGCUUCCAGCUCUACCCAAUCGUCACACACUUCUAGCUAUCGAUCCUCAAACGGAAGCUCAUACUCGCAAUGGCAACCUAGAUAUUCGACCGCAUCCACCAACAGUACCUGGUCUCAGAUUUCUGCUUUUGCAGAGGACCAGCACGUUACUCAAACAGGAUGCGCGCAAGAUGCGCCUCUGACCGUCUCUUCAUCCACUUCGCUCGCGGCGUUGGGAGGAUCCACCGUGGAACCACCGGCUAAAGGGACUCCGACCCCACGUCAGCAGGCACCACAGAACGUUGGACCAUCAGCCAGCAAUCCACCAAAAAGAGAGCCUUUCCAGACAUGUGUAUCGCGGAAAAAAAGAUCCCGAUCAGCCCAGCAGCUGGCCCGAUACUGGUGCACUUCCUGCGGAGAAGGAUUCAAAGAAAAAUAUGAUUGGAAGAGACACGAGGAAACGUAUCAGGAGAGAACUGAGAUGUUCGCUUGCGAGCUUUGCAAUAACGUGUAUUUCCUCGACAAGGACUUUGUACAUCACCAUCAAAAAAGCCAUCGAUGCCGGGUGUGUGCCGAGAAGCAGCAUGUCGAGUUGGCGCGAAAACCGCGCAUGACACGAACGGGCUGGGGAUGUGGGUUUUGCAGCCAUUUCAGCUCCAACUGGGCGGAGCGAUGCAACCACAUCAGCAAACACUUUGAAAAGGAGGAAAGAACUAUGGAUGACUGGCACCACUCCCAAGUCAUAUUUUCGCUCUUGCACCGGCCCGAGAUUGCGCGAUAUUGGAGCCGUCUGUUGGAAAUCAAAAAGAGCAAAAGUUCGCCAUUCCGGUGGCAUAGGCAUAAUACCGGCCGUGUAGAAGGCUUCCCUGAGGCAAACACUAAACCCCAACUGCAGGAUCUCCUUGAAUACUACAACUCGGAAUAUGGCAGCUCCAUGACCAUCGUACAGUUGGCGUUUGAGACCGGCUCGAGAGAAAAAGAACUUCCCAGUCUUCCACUCAAGGAGAAAGACGCAGACUCUACGACUGGGCCGUCAUCGCAAGGAAAUCUCCAUACAUUUGCCCAAAACGAUGGCAUGAGCGAGGUUGCCCAGUGGCCCUUCCUCGAUCCCAUACCCGAGGACCCAUUCCAACCAACGGAUGUCUGCACUCUGGACUGCGACGCACUACAUGACGCAUUCAACGACGGGCAUGAUUUUCACUCCUUCCAGUAA